AUGCCGGUCGUCAAAGGAGGUGUCUGGACGAAUAUCGAAGAUGAAAUCCUUAAAGCCUCAGUCUCGAAAUAUGGGCUGAACCAGUGGGCUCGAGUUUCAUCGUUGCUGGCGCGGAAGACCCCGAAACAGUGCAAGGCGAGAUGGACAGAAUGGCUGGACCCGGGCAUUCGCAAGAUAGAAUGGUCCAAAGAAGAGGAUGAGAAGUUGCUACACCUGGCAAAGUUGAUGCCCACGCAAUGGCGGACAAUUGCGCCCAUCGUUGGGAGAACAGCCACCCAGUGCCUCGAGCGUUACCAGAAGCUCCUCGAUGAAGCCGAGGCCCGCGAAAACGAUGACCUAGGCCUGGGAGGGCCAGAAGGGGGGGAGACUGCAGCGCCAACAGGCGAUCAGGUCCGAAGACUGCGCCCCGGAGAGCUCGACCCUGAUCCCGAAUCCAAACCUGCGCGCCCGGACACGAUCGACCUGGACGAGGAUGAGAAGGAAAUGCUCAGUGAGGCUCGUGCCCGCCUUGCGAACACUCAAGGCAAGAAAGCGAAGCGCAAAGCACGCGAACGACAAUUGGAGGAGUCACGAAGGCUGGCCGUGCUCCAGAAACGCCGAGAGCUGAAAAAUUCCGGCAUCAAUAUCAAGAUCACCACCCGUAAAAAGGGCCAGAUGGAUUACAAUGCAGACGUUCCCUUUGAAAAACAGGCUGCGCCCGGCUUCUAUGAUACGCAAGAGGAGCUGGCAAAGAAUGAACGGGAACGAGAACUGUUUGACCCGCGCAAGCAACAGUUGGCACGAAAGAGACAAGGAGAUCCCGAAGACAAUCUCGACCCAAAGCGGCAAAAACAAGACAAAGACAAAUCUUCGUCCGCGAUGGCUGCUGCCGCUGCGAGAGCGGGACAAAUGCAACGAUUACGAGAAGCCGAGCAACAGAGCAAGCGAAGAGCGCUAAACUUGCCUGCCCCCCAAGUUAGCGAAAGCGAGCUGGAAGAAAUCGUCAAGAUGGGUAUGGCGGGUGACAGAGCAGUGAGAGCAGUCGGACAGGAAGACGGAGACGGACGAGGGCUUGUCUCCAACUAUGCCAAUAUGGUCGGAGCUACACCUAUUCGCACGCCUCGAGCACCUGCGGAAGAAGACCAUAUCGCCAAUGAGAUCAGAAACAUCAGAGCACUCACCGAAACGCAGUCAUCUUUGUUGGGUGGGGAGAACACACCACUGCACGAGGGCAGUGGCUCUACAGGAUUCGAUGGAGUUGCGCCUCGACGACAGCAAAUGGUAACCCCUAACCCAAUGGCGACGCCCUUGCGCCAAGCCGAAGGUCCAGGACAGUUUCCUGGUGCCACACCAUUGCGCACACCACGCGACAAUUUGACAAUCAAUGAAAAAGGCGAACGACAGCUGGUAGCGCAAACCCCACGGGAUAUGCGAUUAGCCGAGCAAGUCACAAGGCAGUCCCUCAGAGCGAAGCUUGCAUCUCUACCAAGGCCCAAGGAGACUGAAUGGGAACUGGAAGUGUUGCCAUCCGAGCAGGAAGAGGCCUCGGGCAGAGUGGGUCUGGAGAGGGAGGAUCAAGAUGAAAUCGACAGGCGCGAGCGUCAAGCACGGGAAGCGGCAGCAGCGGCAGAGUUCAGACGACAGACUCAAGUCUAUCAAAGAGCUCUGCCACGACCCACUACCAUCAAUUAUACUGCACUCGCUUCAGCAGCGACGUCCAUAACCGAUCCCAUCCGGGCAAUGAUCGCCCAAGAGGCCGCCCUGCUCAUGGCCAACGAUGCAAGCAAGUUCCCCCUUCCUGGCUCGAAAGUCAUUGGCGAACCUCCUCGAUUGAGAUCGCUGCCCGAUGACUUGCUGGAACAGGCUCGUCAGGAGUUGAAAGCGACGUUCAAUGAGACAGAUCGCCAAGCCUAUGUGGCCGCUGUGGAAGGCCUCGCCAGUUCAGAGAAAGAAAGAAACGCUUUGCCGUUGAGAUUCAAUGCAAGUACAACCACGGAAGAAUACUUGGCCGCUUUUAAAUCUGCACAGCAGGACCUUCUCGCUGCUGCGGAAGCAGGCAAUAAGCUCGAGAAGAAGCUAUCAUUGCACUUGGGAGGGUAUCAAGCGCGGCAAAAGACCCUAAAACAGAAGAUUGCCACCGUCUAUGAACAGAUUGAGGAGCAGAGAGCGCAGCUGGAUGGCUUCAGGACCCUGCAGAUUGGGGAAGAGGGUGCAUUGGCACGGAGGCUGGAGAGGCUUAGGGAUGAAGUCAGCUUUGUGAUGAGGAGGGAGAGAGAGGCGCAGGAGGAGUACCGUGAGUUGAAGGAGCGAGUCAAUGGCAUGAAUGGUGUGAACGGUCAUUGA